UAAUUUCGUUUUAUAUAUAUCAAAAUCUGUUAUCAUACAAUAAUACGAUUUACAAACAAUUAGAAAACAAUAACAACCAUAAAUUUUGAAAUAUAAAAAUUGAAAAGAACAACUGUGCGGUCAAGAUCUAGCACUUAUGUUAUGACUAAAACCACAAAGGUUAGACUUGUUUUUAAAAUAAAAAAUAUAACUAAAAUAUAAAUUGAAAAUUGAAAAUUGAAAAAUGAAAAAUUAAAAAUGUAAUUGGUUGAAGAAUAAAAAUUAAAUUUAAUAUAAAAAUAUCAAAGUAAUAUAAAAUCAGUGGGUAGAAACUAAAACCAAAACAAAACGGCAUAAAAAACGCGGGACCGGGCCCAAGCCCACGCGACACACACGGACUGCCUUAUCUUACUUCCCCUUAAUUAUUAUUUUUUAUUCCUAUUUAUUCUCUCCCCAAUCCUUCUUUUUCUCACUCGUCUUCCUUUUCUUCUUCUUCUUCACAACAACAACAACACCAACACCAACACAAUCUUCUCUACACAAAAAUUUUAUUCAAAGAAUCUCAAAGAUGUACAACGAAUGCAGCUCCCCCUCUUCCGCCGCUAGAUCAACGAGAGGCCACAGAAUGCGAUCUCCCAUCUGCUGCUUAGGAGCCAACGCCGUGGUUGAGCCUGAAGCCAUGAUCGGAUCAAGAACUCCCAAAUCUCCUUACGAGUGGCUCAAAUCAACCGCGCAGGAGCUCGAGAUCAGAGAUCGUUGCCGCCGCGUCAAGACGCGCAUCAAGGUCACGUGCCGCAACAGCAACUGCGCUCAUCAACACCAUCAUAAUCAUCAUCAGAGGCACCAGAGCCAGAGCUAUCCUUCUGUCGAUUUCAGCUACGAUCCGUUGAGCUACGCGCUCAAUUUCGAGGACGACGUGCGAGCGUACGAGGAUGUUUCUUUUCCGAAUUUCACGGCGAGGCUGCCUGCGUCUCCGGUGGCGAAAAGAUCGGCGACGGUUGAUUUGAUCUCGUUCUGAUCGUUUACUAGUUUCUUUAUUUGUAUGACGCGCGGCGGAAUUAUAUAAAUGUUCCUCUGUUGUGCUUGGGGUAUGAAUACGACGUCGUUAAUAUAAAUGUAAAUGCUCUUUUCGCAUAUAGAUUGAUGUGUGCAAAAGGAUUAAAUAAACAUUUUCUUUUAUCUCUC